ACAACAUGGCGGCCGGGUAUGCGUGGUUCCUUGUGCUGGGCUCGGUGUUCCUGUGCAACCUCAUGAAGACACUCCUGCCCUCCAUGUCCUCGUUCCUCUCCAAGCUGGUGCAGAAAGAUGCUGAGCUGGAGAGUGAAAUGAGGGCUGAGGUCCAGGAGAUGAAGAAGGAGCAGCUCUCCAUCAGCAUGAUGGAUGAGUUUGCCAGAUAUGCCAGACUGGAGCGCAAAAUCAACAAGAUGACAGACAAGCUGAAAACACACGUGAAAUCAAGAACAGGACAACAGGCCAAGAUGAAAUGGGUUGUGAACAUUGCCUUUUAUAUACUACAGGCUGCUCUGAUGGUCUCCCUGAUAUGGAAGUAUUACUCUGAUCCAGUGACCGUGGUUCCCAGUCGAUGGAUCGCCCCUCUGGAGCGACUGGUGGCCUUCCCAACAGGAGUGACAGGUGGAGUGGGAAUCACAUGCUGGUUGGUGGUUUGCAACAAAGUAGUGUCAAUGGGCCUCCAUGCUGUCAGCUAGAGAUCAACCAUCGAACACCCUUUUCUUCACAUAAGGCUGAACACGCUGUGGCUGAAAGCUCAAGUUUUGUUCCGUUUAUGUUUUGGUCCGCUGCUCUGGUCAACUUGUAAAAAUGCAGUGCAUUUUUGGUGUUGGCUGUCUCAUUCUGCAACAUACUGAUUUGUUGUUGUUGAAUUUUUGUCAUGGUGAUAUAUUUCUAUUAACUUAUUGUGAGAAUGUUCAAAUUGUUAUGAUUUGGAAAUACUGAAAUUCCCUUUUUAAUAAAAAAUAUCAAAAGAAAA